AUGGCAUGCCCAUUCGUGCGAGAUGUGGUGGAUGAAGAAGCACUUGUGCUGAGGAGAGCCUUCAGGUGAGAAAGGGUCUUCAGGGACCGGUUGGACCCACUGGCCUUCCCUGAUGACCAUCUAUAUGAAAGAUACAGGUUUUUACAGGCAGAUGGCAUCAGGUAUCUAUGCAGACUACUGGGUCCCAGGAUUAAGCACCGCACUGCACGGAGCCAUGCACUGAGUGUGGAGCAAAUGGUUUGUGUGGCCUUGCGCUUUUUUGCUAGUGGAGCCUUCCUGUACUCAGUGGGGGAUGCAGAACAGCUGAACAAGGCCACAAUUUGCCGCACAAUAAGGAGUGUGUGUCUGGCUAUCAAAGCAUUAGCAGAUGUCUUCAUCUCCUUCCCUGGCCACAGAAGACUCUGUGACAUCAAAGAGGAGUUCUAUAGGAUUGCAGGUUUCCCCAAUGUCAUUGGUGCAGUGGACUGCACACACAUAAGGAUAAAAGCCCCCUCAGGUGCCCAUGAGGCCGAUUUUGUGAAUAGGAAAUCCUUUCACAGCAUUAAUGUUCAGAUGGUCUGCAAUGCUGACUGUGUGAUCAGCAAUGUUGUGGCAAAAUGGCCUGGCUCAGUCCAUGACUCCAGAAUCUUUCGGGCCUCUGAAAUCUAUCAGUGCCUAUCACAAGGUGAAUUCUCUGGUGUGUUGCUGGGAGACAGGGGGUAUGGCUGCCAGCCUUUUCUCCUGACACCUUUCACAGACCCCCAGGAAGCACAGCAGGCCUACAACCAUGCCCAUGCCAGGACCAGGGCCAGAGUUGAAAUGACCUUUGGCCUCCUGAAGGCACGCUUUCACUGCCUUCACAAAUUAAGGGUCAGCCCUGUUAGGGCAUGUGAUAUUACUGUGGCUUGUGCUGUCCUCCACAAUGUGGCCUGCCUGAGGAAG